ACUAGUUCUCGACGCACACGUGGUCAACAUGCCGUUUAAAUCGUGCACAUAUUUUAUUUUUUUAAUACUAUUUUACAAUGUAUCUGCGGGUAAAAAACAUUUCCGAUAUGAUUACAAUUAUAACGAGCAGGCUGGGGGAUGGUUGAAGCUUCAUCGCAUACCAGCGACAUGGCAUGACGCCUGGCUUCGGUGUCACUUUGAAGGUGCAAUUUUGGCGUCUCCGAUUAAUAGUUUAAUAGAGACUGCUAUUAAAAAUGAGAUGUUAAAAAGCCGCGGCACUUUGGAUGGAAUUUUCUCUGGAUUUCAUGCAACUUUCUCUAAGGGAGAUUUCUUUUCUGUCGAUGGUGUGCCACUAAACAGGGUGUCGUUAGAGUGGGUACCUACAGAACCUGAUAAUAAAAAUAACGACGAGGACUGUAUACUAUAUGCUGUUAAUGGUACAAUAGCUGAUGUGAACUGCAAUGAAGUCCAUCCUUACAUUUGCUAUAAGAAGAAAUCUAAAAACAUGAUAAUUAAUGGUUGUGGUACCGUCGAUAAAGAAUACUCUCUAGACCCGAACACGGGAAGUUGUUACAAAUUUCACCGCGUUGCGAGGAACUGGACGCGGGCCUUUAUGACGUGUGCAGCGGAGGGGGGACAUCUCGCAGUCAUUAAUAGUGAAACUGAAGCUAAUGUCUUAAAAGAAAUAUUUACAAAGCAUCCUCAAGACUCAAUACGUUCCAAUCUCCCGGAUAUCAUGCGUGAUAUAAUUCAUGUUGGCUUUCACGAUUGGAGCGAAAGAGGCAUAUGGACUACGAUACACGGGAAUUCCCUCAUGGAAGCUGGCUUCGAUCUCUGGGCUGAAAAUCAACCUGAUAAUUCGCUACCCGGCGAGUACUGCGGGUCUAUGUUCCGUGAUGGCCGCUUGAACGAUGUCUGGUGCCAUGAAAGAGGGCCAUUCAUCUGUGAAAAAUCAGCAGAAAGCUUACUAUCUGAUAUUGAUGAGCCAUUUUAGACUAAUUAAGAAAUAUUGUUCAUAAUAAGUUAUAUAAUAAAAACUGGUUUUAAAAUAGAAUAGAAUAUAAUAGGAUAAUCUAUUAUUUGUUAACAAACAACAAUACAGAAUACAAUAGUAUUUUUUUAUUUAGACAAUAUGCUUUGUAAUGAUUGUAAAGUUAUCGUCGAUCAUUGGAAAUUAUAAUUAACGAAUGAUGACGAUGAAACAUUAAUGUAAGGCCGCAGAUCCGGAGGUUCUUGGUUCAAUUCCCAGGUCGGGAAUAUAAAAAGUUAUUGGGUUUUUCAGAUCAGAAAAUUCUCAGUAGCAGCCCAGAAGUCUAGAAGUUGGAAGUGUGUACACUCCCGUGCCUCGGAAAGUACGUUGGUCUUGCGCCUGAACUCUUUCCGGUCGUGUCGGGUUGCCGUCCCAUCGGAUUAUGAGAGUUAGGGAAUGCAGAGUGCAUCUGUGUUUGCGCACACACUUAUGCACCAUAACAUUUCCUGUGUAGUUGGCUAAUCUCUCUUGAGGUUGUCUGCCGAGGCCGAAAGCUAUCGGUCUAGAGGACAUUAUUAUUAUUAUUAUGCCGAUAUACCCGUCUCCGCUGCCGUUCUCUACUCCCUCGUGUACGUAGCGUGUAUUUUUUGUUUUGACUAUUAUUUACAAUACCCUGUAAAACUUUCCAUAAUAUCCACAUGGGUCAUUUCAUAUGACAGUUCAAUUUCGUUAAAGUAACGCAGAUUGUAUACACAUUGAUUUGUAAAAUUAAUAUAAAUUUUAGUUGGAAGUUAAAUUGUAAUUUAUUCAGACAAAAAUAUAUAUUCACGAUUAUUCUUAAUACAAUGAUUACAUCCGCGUUGUAAUUUAUGUUUCUGAGCAAAAAAAAGUUCAAGUAAAGAUUAAAGUGGUAAUAAAUGCUGAGACGUUCUUUUGUAAAAAAACUACUUGACCAAUAUACAUAAAACUUAUACCAGAAGAUGCUGUGCGUUUUGGAAAAGUUUUUAGUAUAUAAUAAUAUUACACAUACAUUCAUGAUGUAUAUAUAUGUAACUCUGCGUCACAGUUUCACCCCCUUUUAGACUGUUAACGUGACAAGCAUGAAUUUCACGUUCUUGUUCAAUAAUAGCACUUUUGACAUAUCAUAUUUUUAAAGUGAUAGGUAAAAUCCAUUUUGGAGUGCAAGCAGGUUGCAAAUUAUUAAGGCGAUAUUGCGUUCUGCGACUCGUACGAAUAUCAAAGGCAACGAUGAAAUUAAAUUACGCUAGAGUCACCAAACAUAUGUCGGAGAAAAUUUUCAAUUUAAAAUGGGACGGAAUAUAAGGUAUUUCCUGAAAGGAGUUCGUUUAAUGGUAAGAAUAUUUACGGCUUAUUACUUAAUGUACAAAGUUAUUUCGUAUUAAGUAUUCUAACUGAAUAUAAGCGUACCUAAGCAUGUAAGCCGAUAUUGAAAAUCAACCGUACCUAAUAUCAAACUUUUUAAGUUAUCGGCGUAGGUAUAUAUUUAUAUAUAUUAUAUAUAUUUAUUUGAUAUAUAAUUCUUGUACCUUUAAAAAAUAU